AUGUCAAACACAAACGACGAGAUUCAACCUCAGGCAACAUCAGCCGAUGCUGAGAUGUCAAACAGGGGUCAGUCAUCUCGAGAGGAGGGAACAAGCUCCAAAAAGGGUCGCGGCCUCCUCAAGGUCCCUUCGAGAUCAUCGUCACAGCGGAACCAAUCGUCACCAACAUCAACUGGGCUGAGUGGGGCUACAGUCAGCGAUCCCCGGAACAGUAUCGGAAGCCGAUCAAAGGAGUCCAAAGGAAGUCUCCGGGCGCGACGACGGAAUGGAAGCACCUCAAGCAACAGGACCGGAGGUGAAACCGAGCCUACAAACACUGCGGUAAACUCUCAGCAAAACUCCACUGCCGCCCCCCCUCAAAAGAAGAAGCGUGGUGGUCUUUUCGCCUUUCUCGGAUGCUGUGGUACGCCCGAAGGUCCAGCUGGCAACGAGGAAAACAACGAGAACGUGCACAAGCUCGACGUCCUACCUCAACGCCCGACAUCCGCAAGGUCGCGAACCAACACUCCCCAGGAACAACCCAGGCCGGUUACGGCGAGAGAGUCUCAAGUCACCGUUCCCGCCCCGGAGCCCAAGGAAGAGGCUACUUCAUCAGGCCACGCCCACGACGAAAUCACAACGACAGAGCGAGAAAACAGGGAAUCGAAACAAUCGGUUCCCCCUUCAGUCACAGUGGAUCCUCCUAAGCCUACUCCCACAGAAGAUGAGCCUCACGUGGCAGACAAGACGCCCAACAGCGGUGACGUGGAUAUGCGAGAUGCUGCCACUGAGGAGCCCGAGGAAGAGGCGGCUGUAGCCCCUGCAGUCGAAGCUCCAGCCCAAAGGACGAUACCACCUCCCCCACCCCCGGCUGUCGUGGCACCCAGUCAAUUCACGGAUGCUAGCCCCUCAGCGCCCGAGCCGCAGAAGUGGUUGUUGCCCCCGAUUGCACCAGAGCACAAGGGUAGGAAAUGUCUGGUCCUCGAUUUGGAUGAGACUCUGGUUCACAGUUCCUUCAAGAUCCUACACCAAGCCGACUUUACAAUCCCUGUCGAGAUUGAGGGUAACUACCACAAUGUGUAUGUGAUUAAGCGACCGGGUGUCGACGAGUUCAUGAAGCGAGUUGGCGAGCUCUAUGAGGUCGUCGUCUUUACAGCUUCUGUCUCCAAGUAUGGAGAUCCGCUAUUGGACCAGCUCGAUAUCCACAAGGUUGUCCACCAUAGACUCUUCCGUGAGAGCUGCUACAACCACCAAGGAAAUUACGUCAAAGACUUGUCCCAAGUUGGCCGAGACCUGAAGGAUACCAUCAUUAUCGAUAACUCGCCCACCUCGUACAUCUUCCACCCACAGCACGCCGUGCCCAUCAGCAGUUGGUUCUCUGAUGCACACGACAACGAGCUACUAGAUCUCAUACCCGUCCUCGAAGAUUUGGCCGGACCUAAUGUCGCCGACGUCAGCCUUGUUCUUGACGUCACACUCUGA